UUCAUCCUGAAAAGGUGACAUAUUUUAGUCAGUUGUCGACAUUAUGAAACUUUAUCUGCCGAUGUGAAGCGGCGCUUAUUCGGCCUUUGUGGUCAUUCGCUGGACACCGUUUACGGGCGGAGUAGGAGGCUCUUUUCUCUGGGAAAAGAAGCUAGUCUUAGCUCGGUAACCUUAGCGCCCGAGUCACCAGCGUCUCUUCUUGCCUCAGAAGAGCAGAGGCAGACUGGAGAUAUGUGAUUGCGGGCUAGCUGGCUGAUUAGCUCAUCUGAUGUUGGCGGAUAUCGGAUAAGUUAUAACGGUAUUUAACAGGAGGUAUAUGUGCUUGUAUCACAUCACUAAAAGUACUGAGGAACUGAGACAACCAACCAGACGUCGCCACCAUGUUGGAGGAGGACAUGGAAGUGGCCAUCAAGGUGGUCGUAGUGGGCAACGGAGCAGUUGGCAAGUCCAGUAUGAUCCAACGCUAUUGCAAGGGCAUCUUCACUAAAGACUACAAGAAGACCAUUGGAGUGGACUUUCUCGAAAGGCAGAUAUUUGUCAAUGACGAAGAGGUCAGACUCAUGCUGUGGGACACCGCUGGGCAGGAGGAGUUUGACGCUAUUACUAAGGCCUACUAUCGUGGUGCUCAAGCAUGCGUGCUAGUCUUCUCUACCACAGACAGGGAGUCUUUUCAGGCUAUUGACAGCUGGAGGGAGAAGGUUGAAGCUGAGGUUGGAGAUAUUCCCACAGUCCUAGUGCAGAACAAAAUUGACCUCCUGGAAGAGACUGUUAUUAAAAAUGAAGAGGCAGAAUCUUUGGCUAAAAGGCUUAAGCUGAGAUUUUACCGAGCUUCAGUGAAGGAGGACCUUAACGUCAACGAGGUUUUUAAGUAUUUGGCUGAGAAGUAUCUGCAGCGACUCAAACAGCAAACAGCAGAGGAGACGGAGGUGGUCCACACAACAAGCAAUAAAAUAGGUGUUUUUAAUACCACAAGUAGUAAUGUCUGCAACCAGAGCUCCAGCAAUGGCAGAGAAGUCAUCAGCCUGCGACCUAACAAACAAAGGACCAAGAAGAGUAAAAAUCCCUUCGGAAGCUGCAGCCUACUCUAGAUAAAAUCAUUUCAUUUUAGCGACUGACUAUUGUUCUUAACACUAGAUGGUUGUUGUAUUCUAUGGAGGUAGCCACAUUUAGAGACCAAAGCCCAUAAAGACUGGGUAAUACUAGUCUAUACUACUUUGAUAACCUGAUGUAUAUCCUCUGUUGUUAACCCACAUUGAUGGUUAAAUUUGCUUUGAUUCAGCCUUGAAUCUCCAUCAGUGUUCUGUGCAAAA